AUGAGGUUGGGCAUCAGAGCACAGGUGAUGCCCCCUGCCAUUUGGGGGCUACUGAGUUGGUGUUUCUUCUGUGACUGGGUCCUGGGUAUUCCCCGGGACCCUCGUUCUCUACCCCCCCUGACUUCCCAAGGCAAACUAGGAUCUGUGCCCUCUUGGGUACCCCCAAAAGGGGCAGGGGCAGCCUUGGCUUUCCUUUACUCUGGAGAUGCCCAGAAACUGGCUGGAGCCAACUGCAGUAGGCGCUAUGAGGCACAAGGAUCAGGGAGCAGCCUGGGACUCCCCCCAAUCCUUCAGGGAGCUGCAGGCACUUUGGCACAAGCUGCAAAUUUCCUCAACAUGCUGCUCCAGGCCAAUGACAUCCGAGAGUCCAGUGUGGAAGAGGAUAUAGAGUGGUACCAAGCAUUGGUACGAAGUGUGGCUGAGGGUGACCCAAGGGCAUACCGGGCAUCACUGACUUUCAAUCCAGCUCCUGGUGCUUCCCUGCCUCAGCUGGCACUUCGGGCCACCAGGACAGGAGAGGAGACACUCUUGCAGGAUUUAUCAAUGACUAGAGUCCAGGAAGCAAUUCCAGCUGGUGUUGGAGUCACUGUGGCCUUAAGAAAGCGAGUGCUGAGCAAUGACCUGGGCAGCUUGGACAGCCCCAAAUGGCCACGGGGAGAUGGGUAUGUAGGUGACACAAGUCAUGUUCACCUCUCACCCCCCUUUCUGGAGUGUCAGGGGGGUCGACUCCGACCUGGCUGGCUAACUGAGCUUUCAACUACCUUCUAUGGGCUCAAGCCGGAUCUCAGUCCUGAGGUCAGGGGGUUGGUGCAGAUGGAUGUUGAGCUUCAGAAUGUGGACAUCGAUCAAUGUGCCAGUGGCCCUGGUUGGUUCUCCAAUACACACCAGUGUGACCUCAAUAGCACCCAGUGUGUACCCCUGGAGAGUCAUGGCUUCGUCCUUGGCCGCUACCUCUGCCGCUGCCGACCUGGCUUCUAUGGACCCAGUCUCCCCAGGGGGGUGGAUGAGAGCAUUGCAGAACCUAUGGGACAGUACGGAGCCCUGAGAAGCAAUUCUGGCCGGCUGCUUCGAUGCCAGCCAUGCCCAGAGGGCUGUGCCAGCUGUGUGGAUGCCACACCAUGCCUGGUGGAGGAGACGCAGGUGCUCAGAGCAGCUGUGUUGGUUUGCCAAGCCUGUUGCAUGUUGGCCGUCUUUCUCAGCAUGCUGAUUUCCUACCACUGCCGCAGGAGCAAGACGAUUCGAGCAUCUGGGGUCAUAUUACUGGAGACCAUCCUCUUUGGAUCUCUGUUGCUCUACUUUCCUGUCUUCAUCCUCUACUUCAAGCCAAGCGUAUUCCGCUGCAUUGUUCUUCGGUGGGUGCGGCUGCUUGGCUUUGCUAUUGUCUACGGCACCAUCACGCUCAAGCUGUACAGAGUACUACAAUUGUUCCUGUCCAGAACAGCCCAGCGGGGGCCCCACCUGAGCAGUGGCCGGCUGCUGAGGCGCCUUGGACUUCUCUUGCUCUUGGUUCUGUUUUUCCUGGUAGCCUGGACAGUAGGCACCCUGGAAAGGGGAGUCCAUCAUGCACCCUUGGUUAUUCGUGGUCACACAUCUGCUGGCCGUCACUUUUAUCUCUGCCACUAUGACCGCUGGGACUACAUCAUGGUUGUGGCUGAGAUGCUCCUCCUCUGUUGGGGUAGUUUUCUCUGUUAUGCUACCCGGGCAGUGCCCUCUGCCUUUCACGAGCCACGCUACAUGACUAUCGCUCUACACAAUGAACUUCUAGUGUCUGCUGCCUUCCAUGCAGCCAGGUUCAUCUUGGUCCCCUCCUUACACCCAGACUGGACUCUACUCCUCUUCUUUAUCCACACCCAUGGCACAGUCACAACGACUCUGGCUCUGCUCUUUAUCCCCAAGUUCCUGAACCCAGGCGCCCCUCCUCGGGAAGAGAUUGCAGCUGAGGUCUAUGAGGAUGAGCUGGACCUACAAAGAUCAGGCUCCUGCCUCAAUAGCAGCAUUGCUUCUGCUUGGAGUGAGUGCAGUCUUGAUGCUGGAGACAUUCGGGAUGAGUUAAAGAAGCUCUAUGCCCAGUUGGAGGUCCACAAAACCAAGAAGAUGGCUGCUAACAACCCUCACCUGCCCAAGAAGAGAGGCAGUUCCAGAAGGGGACUGGGCCGCUCUUUUAUGAGGUGCCUGGCCGAGUUCCCCGAGGCUGUGGCUCGUAGGGACCCUAGCUCCCCAGGCCGGGGCAGUUUUCCUCGUUCUUCUCGGCGGCGGCUCCUCAGUUCUGGGGUCCAGACGCCUGAGAGACCACCACCCACUUUGCGCAAAUCCCACAGCACCUAUGACCAUCGGAGGGACCAGGACCCACCACUCCUUGAUUCUCUUCUCCGUAGGAAGCUGGCAAAGAAGGCUUCAAGAGGGGGAAGCCGAGACUCCAUGGAAGUGCCUCCCCCGCUCGGCUUCCGGUCGGCCAGUGCCCACAACUUGACUGUGGGAGAGAGGCUACCCCGGGCACGGGCCGCCUCUCUGCAGAAAUCGCUCAGUGUGGUAGCUGGCUCUCGGGAGAAGGCAUUGCUCCUGGCCAGCCAAGCCUACCUGGAAGAGAGCUAUAGGCUGGCACGAGAGCGGGAGGAGAGGCGCAAGGCAGGGGCAGGCAGUCCGGCCAGGAGGCCAUCAGCCAGACGACUGGAGCGGACUCGAGGAGAUUCCCUGUCACCUCCUCCAUCACCGGUCAAGAGCAACAGUGUAGACAGUUCCCAUGCUUCUGGGAAGCUUCAUGAGACGGGUGGGAGGUGGCCACCACCCUCGCCUAUGAGACAUCAGAUCUCCUCGCCCAUCCUGGCUGUAGGGGGGGCUUGCCUAGGAGAUUCACAGACACUGUCCCCUACCUCAACUUUGUCUCCAGCUCCAGCCCCUGCCCCACCCCCAAUGCCAGCCCCAGCUCGAGACCCCAGCUUACUGACCUACGUCUGCCCCUGGGAAAAUGCAGAACUACCAGUCAAGGUGGAAAGUACAAGCCAGGACCCUGCUCCUGGGACCGGCAGAGGGGACAGUCGUCCCCCAGCUAGAGCCCGGCUUCUGAGAGCCCUCUCUGUGGCAGUGGCAGUGGAGAAGCGAGAAGCUACAGAGGGUGAGGAGGCUGGAAUAGAACACCCAGAGGGGGACGUUAAUGACACCGAUGAUGAAAGGCACAGGAUCUUUCCCAAAUCCCAUAGCCUCAAGACCCCCGUUCAACAGGGCUCCAUGAGGAGCCUGGGACUAGCCAUUAAGGCUCUAACUCGGUCCCGGAGCAGCUACAAGGAGAAAGAAAAUGAGCUAGAUACUUCUGAAAAGGUAGGGAAGGGGAAGGCUUUCGGAGAGGGUACAGGGUUGGCUGCUAGAACUCUUAGAGCAGGCCGGCCCAAACCUGUGAGCAAACAAGCAGCCUUGGCUACUUGUGAUGAUGAGGAAUCUCUUCAGAACCAGCAGAACACUCACACCAGUAAAAUGCUGGGUGUCUGUCACCAGGAAGGGAGCAAGGAGCAAGAGGGCAAGAGCAGGGGACUUUCCCAGGAAGCUGAGAAAGCAAAGUGGAAGGGGGUUGCCACUCCAAGGCAGGUUAGACGGGAUCCUGUCAGCAAGAACAGAGAGGUGGAGACAACUGAGAUAACCUCUGAGAGAGAAAGAGAACUAAGAGGGAGAUAUGAGGAUUCCAUUAAAGCUUGUCCCCAGCCGCCAGGCAGCAUAGAUAGCAGAACAGCUGAAAUAUGUCCAUGGGAGGCUCCAGAGCAAGAAGCUGGUAGACCAGGCAGCCUAAAUGCAAAGGCCUCACUCUGGCACAUGAGUAAAGGAACUUUUGGACAGAGAUCCCAGGAAGAAAAGAAGAAAACCCUUGAAAAAUCAGCACCCAAAAGAAUGAUAGUCAUGGCUCAGAAAAAGCCUGAGCAGCUGCUACAGGAUCGAGAGUCAGUCUGUCUCUGGGACAGCACAGACGUAGGAGGCCUCGCACCCCAACCAGGUCCUCAGCAUACUGACCAACCCAAAGAUGGCCACCAGGUACUGGGCAGCAUAGGAAGAAGAGCAGAAGAAGUAUGUCCGUGGGAAGUAACUGGGGUGGAAGCUCACAAACAAGAGAGCACCAAGGCAGAGAUUUGUCCCUGGGAAGUGAAUGAUGGAACAAGAGAUGAAGAAAAAGUGUCACAAGAGAUAGAUAGGCACUCCCUGGAAGAAAAGCAGACUUUUAGAAAAGCAAUGCUUUGGAAAGAUGAAAAGAAACUGGGUCAGGAAUGGGAAUCUCUCUGCCCAUGGGAGAGUACAGAUUUUAGGGGUCCCUCAGCCAGCCCAACUCAGAUCCCAGGGACCUUAGAGUUCUCAGGGAAUGUGGGAAACAAAGUAGCUGAAGUGUGUCCAUGGGAAAUGGAAGAUUUGUCUAGCAACAGAAAAGCUGAGGUCUGUCCCUGGGAGAUGAACAAAAUGGUUGGAAAAUGGACAGCAGGCCAGGAGGCAGAUGGAGACUUGCUACGAGAAAAGCAAAAAGUCUCUGGAAAAGAGAGCUUCUGGAAAGAAGCUGAGAAACAAGAAAGGGAGGCAGCCUGUCCUUGGGAAGAUACAGACCCAGAGACCCAUUCGCUAGAUUCAGACCCUGCUAAACAGCCUGGUCUUAUGGGGAAUAGAACAGCAGAGGUCUGUCCAUGGGAAGCCCUUGAACCAAGUAUAAAUAAGACAGGGCUUGCUAAAGAGAAAAUCUAUCCCUUGGAGAUGAGUGAAGGAGCAGCAGAGAAAAGGUCACUUGAACAGGAUACAGAGGAAUUCAAAGGGGCAACUACUGGAGCUUCAAAAAAGUUAAAUGUGCUGAUUGAGACCCAGGAAGCAGUCUGCCCCUGGGAGAUAUCUUCUCCCAAGAUAGAGCCUCAGAAAACAGGUCAACCUACAGGCAGGUCUCAGGUAUCAGGCAGUAUGGAGAACAGGGCAGCUGAGGUCUGUCCAUGGGAAGUACAGACUAUAUCUACUGAGACAGUAGAGAUAGCCUGGAAGCCAAUGGAUAUAAGAGAGAAAAAUGCAUUGGAAAUUGAGGUAGCUAAGGAUUCCCAGGGGGAUAUAGAAAAAGGACUCAGAAAAUCCAAAGAAAUAGUUGUCCUUGCUCAGGAAAAGGCAGAGAGACUAAUACCAGAGAGGGAGGCAACUUGUCCCUGGGAGACCUCGGACCCAGGGGACUUCUCUCCACAAAUGGGUAGUCAAGCCACUGGUCAACUCAAAGCUAGUUUUCAGGUAGUGAGCACUGUGGGGAGCAGAACAGCUGAUGUAUGUCCAUGGGAAGUGGAAGCAGGGUUGCCCAAUGUAAAGGCAGAGAUCUGUCCCUGGGAAGUAAACAAAGAAACAACUGAGAAAGGGGGCCCGAGACAGGAGAAAGAUGAGGAAUCCAAAGAGGCUAGGGAGACAGUUCUGGAAAAGGGGAGCUCUGAAGAGCUGAGAGGUAAAACAUCAAAACAAGUUGCAAAACUGAUUCAAGAGCAGGAAUCCGGUUGUCCUUGGGACAAUAGCAUGCACUUGAGGAAUCCCUCAGCUCUGGCCCCAUUGACCUCACAGUCAUCUGACAGCAAAGUAGCUGAUGUAUGUCCCUGGGAAGUGGAAGAGGAUCCUUCCACUAAGAAGGCAGAGAUCUGUCCCUGGGAAGUGAGUAACAAAACAACAGAGAAAGGGAGAUGGGGACAGGAAACAGAUGGGGAAAACCUACAGAAAGAUCAGGCAACCCUUGAGAAAGAGAUAUCUUUAAAGACUCAAGAUCACACUUCUAAAGAAGGAAACAAACUCAGUGGAGGGAGGGAAUCCAUCUGUCCAUGGGAGGAAUCAGAUUCAGGGGAUCCAUCCAUCCAAGCAGAUGAUCAAGGCAUUGUCAGCUCCCAAGUACUUGGCAAUGUAGGGGAUAGAGUGAUUCAGAUCCUCGUGACACUGGUGAACUAA